GCGCCGUGCCCAGCUCUCCACCAGGCUGCCCAAGACCUGGAAGCCGCAGCUGUUCGAGCGGCAGUUCUACAGCGAGAUCCUGGACGCCACGCUGACCAUCACCGUCACCAUGCGCACGCUCGACCUCAUCGACGCCGCUUUCGGCUUCGACUUCUACAUCCUGAAGACUCCCAAAGCUGACAUGUGCUCCAAGCUGGGGAUGGAUUUGAAGCGGACGAUGCUGCUGCGCCUGGCCCGGCGGGAUCCCCAGCUGCAUCCCAACGAUCCAGCCAGGAGAGAGGCCAUCUAUGACAAGUACAAGGAAUUUGUGAUCCCAGAAGAAGAAGCUGAAUGGGUUGGCUUGAGUUUGGAAGAAGCCAUAGAAAAACAGAGGCUCCUGGAAAAAAAGGACCCUGUCCCCCUCUUCAAGGUGUAUGCUGAAGAGCUUGUCAGCCAGCUGAAAGAACAGCAACAGGCAGUGCAGAAACAGUAGAA